CUCUCUCUCUCUCUCUCUCUCUCUCUCUCUCUCUCUCUCUCUCUCUCUCUCUCUCUCUCUCUCUCUCUCUCUCUCUCUCUCUCUGCGUUUUGUGUGAGGAUAAUGGAACCUUUAGAUUAAUUAAGUUGACUGUUGGGUUUUUUGAUUCUUGAUAUGGGUUGCUUUUAGAUUUAAGAUUUUGAUUAUCAAAUCUUUGUUUUUAAUCCGAUUAUCAGACAUGGGUUUGAGUUCCUGUGAAUGUUUUCAGACAUGGGUUUGAGUUCUUUUUGGUAUGUGACGAAGUGUUCUUGCAUUUGCUUUCAAGUAGUUUAUAGUUUGGUCUGAAUAAAGCUUCGUUGUUUGGAACAAGAGUCAAAUUUUGUGUGCUUUUGAUAGAUUGUUGUUUCAGUUUAGUAGUAGUGAUGAAAUAUGUGUCUGCAAGUCUCAUCAUUUAUGUCUGUAUUAUCUUCUCAGGUUGGACAUAAAUCACAACAAGACAAGAUAAGAAGAAUGGCUGAUGAUAAAUGGACCGAUGAAGAAGUUAGGUAUUUCUUUGCUCUUUAUGCUGAUGAGAAAAAGAAAGGGAACAGACCAAGGAGUGGCAUGAAUCUAGCUGGAAGAGAGUUCAUCGUAAAUAAGUUUGAAGAGAAAUUUGGUAAGAGAUGGAUAUGGGACAGGUUUAAGAACAAGGUUGAUAUUAGUAGAAAAGCAUAUGUCAAGUUCAAGAAGCUUACCCACAAUAGAACCGGGCUUGUCUAUGAUGCUUUGGGAAGGUUGGAGAUGUCGGAUGCUUGGUGGGAUCAACGCAUUGCGAUGGUUAGGUGGUACUUGGAUGAUGAUGAUGAGGAUGAUGAUUAUGAGGAAGAGCAUGAAGUUGAUGUGCUUAAGCCAGAGAGAUUGCUUCAUAGAACAGAUCGAGGUGCUGGAUGGAAUCAUGUUCAGCAGCUUAUGCACGGGUCAGAUCAACAAUGCUAUGAUAUUCUUCGCAUGAAUCAGAGGACAUUUCAAGAUCUGUGUAAGAUGUUAGCAACGAGAUAUGGGUUACAAGAGACGUUGAAUGUCUAUAUUGAAGAAGCGGUUGCAAUGUUCCUUGAAGUGGUGGGUCAAGAUAAGACAGUACGGGUUAUUGCACAAAGAUAUCAACGUUCGUUGGAUACAGUCAAAAGGAAACUUGGUGAGGUUUUGAGUUCUCUCUUGAAAUUUGCUGCAGAUACACUAAAACCAGAAGAUGGUGAGUUCACAAGAGUAUGUCCUGCUUUGAGAAAUGAUGAUCGAUACUGGCCAUUUUUUAAAGACUGUAUUGGAGCAUUGGAUGGAACUCAUAUCUCAGUCCGCCCUCCUAAACGAAAUGCAGAAGCAUACAGGGGCAGAAAACAGGAGCCAACCAUGAAUGUCCUUGCUAUAUGUAACUUUGAUAUGAAGUUCAUAUAUGCUUAUGUGGGUGUGCCGGGUAGAGCCCAUGACACAAAGGUAUUAACUUAUUGUGCGAGGAAUGAGCCUUUUUUUCCACAUCCGCCAAAUGGAAAGUAUUAUUUGGUUGAUGCUGGAUAUCCCACAAGAACAGGGUAUCUUGGUCCAUAUCGUAGAGUUCGGUAUCAUCUCGAUCAGUUCAACAGAGGAGGACCGCCAACGAACACUCGAGAGGUGUUCAACCGGAGACAUUCAAGCUUGCGAUCAGUGAUUGAGCGGACAUUUGGAGUGUGGAAAGCAAAAUGGAGAAUUCUUGACUGUAGGCAUCCAAAAUAUGGUUUGAUCAAAUGGAUAAAGCUAGUGACGGCAACGAUGGCUCUACACAACUUCAUACGUGAUUCACAUCGAGAAGAUAAUGAUUUUGUGCAUUGGCAGAGAAGAGAAGAAUAUCAUACUCAUGGUGAUAAUGAUGAAGAAGAAAGAGAUGAAGAGGAAGAUGAAGAAGAAGAAGAAGAUGGUGAUGGUCAUGGUGGACAUAUUCCAUAUGAGCCGACUGGUGAUAGAGCCAUGGAAGGUUUACGUGAUCAUAUUGGUAAUGAGUUGAGUAGAGGAUAUCGAUUACCUUAUUAGUUUAUUUGAUUUGAAUUUGUACUGAUUAUUAUUAUAAGUUACUCGUAUGAUCACUCAUAAACAAAAGUGAACUUGUACAAGGAAAAAUAUAAGAAAUUGAAACGAUUAAACAUAUUGCAUCCAUGGUGUGAUUUAUUACACUUUACAGUUUUAAUGAUUUAGCCACUUUUUUGACGAAACCUAAGUACACAAGAGCAAAUGUAUGUCAAAAGUAAAUAUUUGGUCGCCAGCGAUACAGAAACGAACAGCAUAGCGACAACCGCUGCGAUCAAUCGCGCGACAUAGAAACGAACAGCAUAGCGACAACCGCUGCGAUCAAUCGCGCGACCUUCAAACGAACAACUAUCAGCGACAUCAUGUCGCAGUCGCUGGUCGCUGACUCUGGUCGCUGACGCUGGCGACCACGAAACGAACAGGGCC